AACUUGUGUGUGUUUGUCUGCAGCUCACCAAGUGCGCACAGCCUCUUAUCUCGGUAGCUAACGCUAGCUCUGCAAAUCUGUGGCCCGCUCUGGCUCUAUCACCGACGGGACAGAGACUUUUCAACAAGCCGAGACUCUGCACCAUGAAUCUGCUGCGUCUUGUGUGCCGCCACAAGACAGCGCUGGUCAUCGGCACUGUGUGCAGCUUCGCUGUAGUUCUGGUCUUCUUGGCCAAAUGUACUUCAGAAACCCUGAAACAGGGCCACCAGGAUCCUCCAGGCCUAGCUCCCCAUGCCAAUGAUUUGCUAUCCCGUCCAGAGCAGCAUAAUGCCCCCGCCGCAUCCAAAGACUUGUCAGCAUUCAUCGUGGUCCUCAUCACAACCGGACCUAAGUACACAGAGCGGAGGAGUAUCAUCCGCAGCACCUGGUUGGCCAAGCGGGACUCGGAUGUUCUGGCCAAGUUUGUGGUGGGAACUCAGGGGCUGUCCAACGAGGACCUUCAGAACCUUAACACUGAGCAAGGACGGCACAAAGACAUGCUCUUACUGCCUGAUUUGCGAGAUUCUUAUGAGAACUUAACACUUAAGCUGCUGCACAUGUACUCCUGGCUGGACCAAAAGGUGGAGUUCAAGUUUGUCCUCAAAGCAGAUGACGACACAUUUGCACGCUUGGAUCUCCUCAAGGAGGAGCUAAAGGGCAAAGAGCCCAGUCGGUUGUACUGGGGCUUCUUCUCCGGGAGAGGGCGAGUGAAAACAGCUGGGAAGUGGAGGGAAAGCUCUUGGGAGCUUUGUGACUACUACCUGCCCUACGCGCUGGGUGGAGGCUACAUCCUCUCAGCUGACCUGGUACGUUAUGUGCAUCUUAAUGCGGGCUACUUUAAGACAUGGCAGAGUGAGGACGUGUCACUGGGUGCCUGGCUGGCACCAGUGGAUGUUCGGCGGACGCAUGAUCCACGCUUUGACACGGAGUAUAAAUCACGCGGUUGCAACAACAAAUACUUGGUGACACAUAAGCAGAGCUUGGAGGACAUGUUGGAAAAACACCAGACUCUACAGCGUGAUGGCAAGCUCUGCAAGGAGGAAGUCAAGCUGCGAUUGUCCUAUGUGUAUGACUGGAGUGUGCCGCCCUCACAGUGUUGCCAAAGAAAGGAUGGCAUUCCUUAAUUUUUGUCCUUUUUACAAGGCUAAAGUUGGCUUCUGAUUCGUAACUUCCAAACCGGGAAAUGGUAAAGGGGUAAUAUUUUUCAACCAAGUCUUCAUUGUUCAUCCAUUUAAAGUUGUGCAAUGGGUCCCUUACAUCAUAAUAAAUGCCUUAAUCCUGUUUUAAAAGGCAGAUUUCAGAUUUAGAGAAACAUUUUUCUAAUGGUAAAAGGGGAAAAAGGGCCACAAAAUCUAUAUACGAUCAUCUUUUAUCUUUUCACCAAUUUAAAACUUGGUUUUAGAGUUUUCAGUUUUAUUUAGAAUAUGUUGGUCAAGUGUUUUUUGAGCUUGACCCAGUCUAAUGUGAUCUAGAUGCAGGAACAAUAAUCAUGUUGACCUUUUUGUUUUGUUUUCACAAACAAUAAAGGUUUCACAAAUUUAAAAAAAUAGUUUUCAACCAUCUCAAAUUUCCCAUUAUGGAUAGAGAACAAUACGUUUUUGCAAGUAGAAUGUUGUUUUGAACUGCGUUAAAGCUUUCACUAUGAUGUCUGCUACCAGUUUGACAACUUUAAGAGAUGUAACAAUGAAGAAUUGGUUGGAGAAAAAAAAAAGUAUUCUUGAAUUUGUGAAUAGGAAGCGAACUUCAGCCCGAUGUCUUUUUUUUGACUUGUAAACUCCUUUGGCCUUGUUAUUUGGACCCAUGCUUAUGUCAGUGCUUUCCUUACCACCAGUUUACUACAUUGGUGGCCUACUUCUCUCCUCUGUCUGUGCUUUCUCUGCUGUACCUCUUGCUGAAUAUUUUCCAACACUAUGAGAUAUGUUUUAAAGUUAUUUCAAUGUAGUAGAUAAUACAGGGAAACACAGACAGGAGAUUCUUACCCUGCCAUGAUGUCUACAUUUUUUGUAUUUUAUUUAUUGUUAAUUUAUUCUGCAGCGAACGUAACACACUGGUAUUAAGUUGGGACAGAAACACGGUAACUGUGGUUGCUGCUUGUGAGUGAAAUUUGUAUUUAUAAAGAUUUUGGGGGAAAUCACAUGACUGAACUGUCGUGACUGACAGAGUUAAUGGUCAAGAAAUGUUCCAUUUCAAAUGUAAAACUUGUGUUUACACUCAACGGUACUCAAGGUUUCAUGUGUUUUUAAGAGUUGCAAAGAAUGUGUGACAGAAAAUGGUUGAAUGUGUUUUAUUCAGCAGGCCUUCUUAUUCCUGCACCUGUCUCACUUAAAGGUUUAGAUCCAUACAUUUACUGUGCGGAGACAUCAAGUUGAUUCAGAUUGAGAAACUUGGUAAAGACUACCAGCUGGCACUUGGUCACUUUUUUUAAACAAGAAACAGUCCAUGAAUUAUUAUUCAGUAAUUUUAUUUUUCCUGAUGUUGAGCUCUCCAACCUGAACUUUGUGAUGUCAGUAACUGUGUCCCAAAACUUGUGAAAUGUGUACAGCGUUGAUUAAAGGGUAUGAGCACAAACAGCUGAGGAAUGCUGCAAAAAACAGCCAAGUAGGAGUUAAUUUUUAUGAUCGCUGUUACGUUUUUGUGAAUAAUGAUUAUUUCCUCGCUGCUGUCACUAGCAGUUUCUACUUAAUUCAACCUAAGUUUCAGUGUUUGUUUUUUACGUACAUGGUCAGCCUCCCUGGAUGUUUUAUUAAACAUUUUAAAUGUA